AUGAUGAAACCAUUCAUCACUAGACGCUCGGUCCUUGGAUUAUCUAACAGAGUGAAAAGGAGGGCUACUGACUCUUCAUUAGUAUCACGAAGGCUUCAUCAGGUGAACUUUUCUAGAAACUUCCACGAGCUGCCAAACAAAAGUUCUACUAUGAUUCGAAAUGUAAAUAACAUACCUGAAACUGGUUCAGCGUUGGUACCAGGUACAGCAUCAACUCCUACAUUACCGACCUUAGAUGGCGGUGAUUCAAAAACAUUCAAAAUUGACUCUGAAGCUCAAUAUUUGAAGACCUUGCCGUCAACCGAAUUAUUGUCUAAUCUUAUCAUCGGGAUAGCAACCAUCAACAAACCAAUAUUAGACUUCUGCAUUAAACUAUUUCCAUACGUUCCGUUAUCAAUUAUCAAAGUUUUGGUUUACAAGCUUUACUGUGGUGGAGAAACCAUGAAUGAAGUUAGGCAGACGGGAGCUAGGUUGUAUGAAAAGGGCAUUAACAACAUGAUGCUUUCGUUGACGAUUGAAGCUUGUGAAGGAAACGACAAUGUGGACCCCGAUUAUAUUGUAAGUGAAACUAUAAAAUCAAUUGAAGAAAUUAUGGUGCCACAUACCUUGUCCGUUAUCAAAAAUUCAGGGAAGGAUAUAAAUUCCAUUCCUCCAGCAUACGUCGCAUUAAAGCCAACUGGAUUUGCUAAGGAUGCUGCUAAUGUGUUAAAAAAUUUCAAAAGCGAUCCGGAGUAUGCUAAGCAGUUUGAGGCUCUCGUUGAGAAAGCAUCUAGUAUUUGCCAGUCCAUUUACGACAAUAAUGUCCGUCUCGCCCAGAUUUAUCCUGAAAGGGUUGCGCCAUUCGUGGUUGGUGUCAUUGACGCCGAAAAAUACGAAUUGCAAGAGGGCGUAUAUGAGCUCCAAAGGAGACUUUACUCCAAGUUCAAUCCAGUUAACAAACCCGUGUCGAUUGUUGGAACUUUGCAGAUGUAUUUAUCACAAUCAGCCGAUCUUUUAGCUUUGGAGGAGAGAUUGGCGACAGAGAACGGAUAUAGACUUGGCUUAAAGCUAGUUAGAGGUGCAUAUAUACACUCAGAGAGAGAUAGAAAUACGAUCAUCCACAAAUCAAAAGAAGAUACGGAUGUCAACUACAAUCAGGGAAUUGAAUAUGUUCUUGAAUCAAUUUUGGCAAGUGGUGGUAACGAUUCCACAAUUGGCCAUUUAGUUGUUGCAUCGCACAACGCUGAGUCUUUGAAGUUAGCAACAGAGAAAUUAUACCACAAUUCGAAGCACGCUCAAAAUUCGAAUAAAAAUAAUGUUGUUUUGGGCCAGUUGUUAGGAAUGGCCGAUGGCAUUACAUAUUCUUUAAUUAAGAACUACAAUAUUGAUAAUGUGAUAAAGUACGUUCCUUGGGGUCCACCAUUAGAAUCCAAAAAAUAUCUCUUAAGGAGAUUAGAAGAAAAUGGAGAUGCAGUGAAAGCAGAUAAUGGUUUACCAUUGGUCAAAGCAGUCACAAACAUACUUUUUAAAAGGCUCUUCAAAUUCGUCUAG